GACGUUGAAUAAACUGUCAAUUUCUGAAAUUCAAAAUAGAAACGUCGCGUUGUUUUGAAUUUGAAUUUUGUAAACAAAUAGUAAUUAAUUGGGCUGUGUUUAUGUAAAUUAUUAUAUAGCCAUGCAUAAAGCUGCAUCUGAUUCGAAAAUUAAGAAGACACUGGUUAGAAAUUGUGAGGUAAAAGUUAGGCCAUCGACGCGAAGACAAGUCGUGCAUGAUGUAGCUUCAAUACCUUCUCAAUCACAUAAGUCGUCGCGUUCUCAGAAAGAAAAUGAGUUAAGUCAGCCGACGUUAUGUUCAAGCGAGUCCAUAAAUAACUAUAUAGCUGAACUAAAGAAACUGAGUCCGCCGCCACUCUCAUCAGAAGACUUGAAUGUAGAUAAGGGAGAAAUAUGUACUAAAAUGACAAAGAAGCUAAACUUCCAGUUUAACGACAGAAUAUACAAGAACCUCAUCGAGUUGAAUGCUAGCGUGGAUAAUUUAAAAAGUAAAAAGACCAGAAAGCCCACCACAAACACUUUGCGAAAAGACUUAGAACCACACAUAGAAGACUUUUAUGAAGAUGAAAAGGAAAUAGACUCAGCACCAAGCAUUCCAAUUUUAAAACCAAAGUUUAAACCAAUAAAAAAAGUUGAUGAUGGCCGCCUACACAAUUUAGUUGCAGCAUUCGAAGAUUUAUGACAAUUUUUUCUUAUAAAUUAUUUUUAAUUAUUUUGUUAUCUAGUUUGUUUAUGUUAAUUUUUUAUCAUUGUAAUAUUUUCGUCUUAUUAAAAUUUGACUUUAGUA